AUGAAGGCAGCAUCCCAGGGCGGGCGCGAACCCCGGCUCCCGCGGCCCGGCCCCAAGCGCCUGGCACCGUCCCGCCCCGCCGCGCACACUCGCCCUUUCGGGGGUCAGGAGGGCAGCCCGGGAGCGGAGGCUGGUGGUCCGCGGGGAUAUGACCACGACUCCUCGGUGUCGCUGAGAGGCCGGUGCGGCGAUCCCGCUUCGCUGGCCGCUCACCUUCCACACCUGCCCGCGAGGUCGGGCUCAGAGGCUCCCUUCCAGCGCCCCACCGGGGGGGGGGGGGGGGUCGUCCGCGACGCCCAGAUUAGCAGGGGGCCCUACAGUGAGCAGGGAGGCUGCGCGGAGGCGGAAAGCAGGGCUCAACCGGCAGCGGUGCCGCGCCGAGCUCGCCCCCGCGCGGGUCCCAAGCGCGGACCCGCGAGCAGGGCGCGCGCCCCCCGCCUCGCUCCCGGCCUGGGCCGGCCCCCUCCCCGGCGGCCCAGGCCCGCACUGACGCAGGACGCAGCUGGCGGCUCCCUGUUACCUGCGGGUGGGCGGUGGGGGAGGCGGCCAAGGGUCUUAGCUCCGGUCCCCUCUUCGCCCCGUGGUGACACCAACCACCCUCGCCUCCCCCGUGACGUUCUGGCCACUACACCCACAAUCUUCUGA